CCGGAAUCAUACCCCCAGAACGACUACUCCCUAUCCGAAAUGCCCCCCAAACGAACCCUCACCCUCGCCAUCGCCCAAGCCCAUCCCCCUUCCCCCUCCUCAGUCACAGAACCAGAAACAGACACAGAAACAGUUACAAACGCAGACGCAGACGCAGAAGCAGAAACAAAAGCCACCUCCCUCACAACCCUCACGCAAACCACCCACCUCGCCGCCUCGAGAGGCGCUCACCUCCUCGUCUUCCCGGCUGGGUAUCUCGCAUGUAACCGCAACGCAUACCUACAAGCGUAUAACUGCGCGUGCGAUCUCGGGGAUAUACCGGCUCCCGCGGGCGGCGGGAAGGCGUGGGUGGAGAGGGAGAGGGGGAUGGUGAUGGGGAUGGGGAUAAAACGCCCCCAAUCCUAUGCUGUGGCUGUUCCUGGUAUGAGGGAGAGAGGGGGGAGUAUUGGGAGUAGUGUCAGUAGUACUGCUGCUGCUACUGGGGUUGGUAUUCCUAGCACUACUGGUGCUGGUGGUGCUAUUGGGACAGGUGGCGCUGGGACUGGAACUGGAACUGGAACUGGGACUGGUGAAAAGACAAAUAUCCCCGGCGACGGCACGCGCGAAAUCCUGGAAGCCCUCUCACACGCGACAAACGUCUUCCUGAUCGUGGGGGUUGUGGAGCGCGCCGGACGGGCGCUUUUCUCGUCGGUGGUGUUCGUGCAUCCUGCUUUUGGAGUGGUGGGGAAGAGGAGGGGGGUGGGGUUGACCCCCCAGGAACGAACCCUCUACACAUCCGGCUCCGCGUCGGAUCUCGUUGCUAUCAAGACGAUAAUAAACGGGACGGAGGUGACGCUUGGCGCGACGAUCGGAGCAGAGAAUUAUAUGCCGCUGGUACGGCACAGUUUGUACGCACAGGGAGUGGAGGUUUUCUGUGCGUUGGGUAGUAACCCGGACGGAGAAGCGGAUGGGGAUGGGGAUGGGGAUGGGGAUGGGGUACAGGGUGUGUGGGGAGCGGUAGUCAGGACGGUAGCCGUGGAGGGGAGGGUUGUUGUUUUGGGGGCGAGUGAUGUUGUUUCCUCGGCUGGGUCUACGUCUAAGUCUACGUCUUUGGAAGGGCGAGGGCGAGAUCGAGGACGAGAAGAUCAAACAGGCGGGUAUACGGGUAGGGAUGUGAGUGGAAGUGUUGGUAGCGACGGCACCGGGGACCGAACCGUCGGCUUCGCGACAGGAUACAGCUCAUUCGGGGAUAUCGCGCCGGGGGUCGAUCCGCUAUGCUUGCCGCCGAACCCCAGGCUGCGGAAGAGGUCUGUCACCCUCGAGGGGCCGCAUGAGAUUGUUUGGCCGGAUGGGCGGUUUGGUGGAGCUGCAGCUGGAACCACAGUUGAUACUGGGCCUGGAACUGCACCUGAGGCCGAGGCACAGCAGAGAGAGAGCCAAGUGUCCGAAAGAGAUGUCUCUCCCACAACAACCAAAAAAACCAAGAGAAAAAUGGAGUCUCUCUCCGGGGAAUCGUAUAUCGUGGGACCUCUGGGUGAGGUACUGGCCGGUCCGGUUUGUUUCUCAGAUGGGGAUGGUGGCUUGCUGGUAAGGGAGAUCGACUUGGAGGAUUGUAUCCGCGCACGCAUGGAUCUGGGGUGUUGUCCCGGGGAGGCGUUUCGGUUGGUCGUGGAUGGGGUGGAUUUGGGGGUAUAG